CAACCAUAUAUUAAUAUUUGACACAUUUUUCUAUUACCAUCAGGUGUUCCUCUCGUUGGUUUUGGCUUGGGAAGAGUACAGUUAGCUGCUGGGUAAUGUCAGAAUGCUUCAAGGGAGCGUGUCAGUCCCAGCAAGAACAAUUUCAGAUUGGGAAUGAGAUUCCGAUAGAUAUCACAUUUUGUGGCGAUGGUUUGUGCGAGGAUGAUAAAAAUGAAACAAAACGCACAUGUCCACUUGAUUGUUGCUCUGUUGAAAAUCCGAAAAAGUGUGCCAUCAGUGAUAAUAAAUGCCCCGAUAUCUGCUGCUCAGACGAACACUGCUGCGAUAUACCUGCAAGCAGCCUUAUAGCGGAUAAUGUUUGGAUUUUUAUUCUCCUAGGCUUUUUCGGUGUUUGUGUUUUUAUUAAUGUGCUGUGUUGCUGCUGCUGUUGUUGUAUGUAUGACAAAUGUUGCACAGUAAUGAAGAAAAGAAGACGCAUGAAAGCUCUCCGCAAGAAUUGUAAGAGAAGCUCCGUACCCAUGAAUGAUGCCGGUUUUGAAUAUGUAAAUUCUACACGUCCUAUUAGUUCAUCGAAUAUGUAAUGUAAGGAAAUAGUAUGGUUUUUUUUCAACAUUUUUUAAAAACACAUGGCAGUACACAUAUUCGCAUGAUGUCAUGUCAUAAAACACUUCUGUUAAUCUAUGAAGCAAAUUAUGAAAAUAUUUUCCCAUAAGCCAUCAUUGUUUGUAAUCGUAAACAUCGCUGUUCACUCAGAGGUGCAUUUUAACGAACUUGAUAAAUAACUUUUGAUAUCUAAUGAAUAUUUAAUGAAAUUUUAGAAAUCUACUGUGGCUGAAGGUUUUUUUUUUUUUUUUUUUUUUCAAAGUCUGAUAAUCUAUUGCCAAUAAUCAAUGGAAGAUCAAUGACGUAAGACGCCACGAAGUCAUCUGCGCAUACGUUAUCGUUAAGUUCUGGUUGUUGGAUGAACUAAGUCCUGGUCCGGUUUGGGUCGAACCUAGUAUUACUGAGGACUUAUAAUUCAGUUUGAAGAUCGCAUUGCCGCAGGGGCGUAGGCUGGUUUCGGCGUGGGUGGGGUAGGGGUGCAAAAAUGAGAAUGCAGAACUAAAUCAAUGAGAACAUUUUUAGUAUUUUAACUUAGUGGAACUAACUUGCUGCCAUCCCCGCACCGCCUGUACAGCCCACAAAUGUAAAAAUCCACCACAAAAUGUAAAAAUACCUACAAAUGUAAAAACAUUGUACCCAAAAAUGUCAAAAUAUCCAAAAACGUCAUAACGUGUCAAUUAAAAAUGUAAAAAUAACCAUAAUUGUAAAAAAAAGUAAUUUCCAGUUUUACCUCAAAUGUCAUAAUAUGUCAACCGCAAAUGUGAAAAUGCAUUGAUUGCAUACACAGAAGUAUAACAAAAUGAAAUGGGUACAAUGUUUCAAUGUUUAAUUUACAUUGACAUUUGAGGUAAAAAUGGGAUAUUUUACAUUUGUAGGCGAGAUAUUUUUACAUUUUUGGGUAAAGAGAUUUUUUACACUUGUGGGCUAAGUUGUUACAUAUGUGGUUAUUUUUACAUUUGUGAUUAACAUGUUAUGACAUUUGCGGUUAUUAUGACAUUUGUGGGUACAAUGUUUUUACAUUUGCGGUUAUUUUUACAGUUGUGGUAGAUUUUUACAUUUGUGGGCUCUACACCCCCAACCUACGCCCAUGUUGUCGCGCAACCAAAAUAUAAUGUAUGAUUGAAUAUUAAUUAUUAACACUCUGAGAUCCUGUUGUGUAGGACAUGCACGACGCUCCAGAAUUCAAUUAAUCCAAAAUAUGUAUCAGGUGAACAAAUGGGACAGCCACAUUUAAUGAUUAAUAGUUGACAGUAUGACAAGCCUUUCGUAUUUAUAUUUAACAUUGAUUAUUUUUACCAUAAUAGGAACACUGUAACCAGCAUUCAGUUGUUAAUUAAAAUUAUAAUUAUAAAAGUAAUAUCUGAUCAACAUGCGCUCCAUGCAAAACAACCUGUUUGCUCAUGCACUGACCUUCUGACAUAUACUACAUGUACAGUUGAAACUACUAGUGGGAUUAUUUUGUAUUUUUCACAAUUAGAAACUAUUUUCUAAUUUUAAAAUGUUUAAUGCUGCGAAACUAUGAAUGUAGGCCUACUUAUGUAUAUUAUGAUAUGAUAUUCUAUAUUUUCAAAUAAUACAAGAAAUAUAAUUUAUUUUUCUAAACAAUAUGCUACUUAUCGUUGUCAAUUAUUUAUUUUACCCGGACAACUAGAGAUUAAUUCCAAGAUUAGAAUCAUUUUCGUUUACGACGAUGUGGUGAAUGUCAAAAUUUGAAUUUAAAGCAAAUAAUUGAAACCGUUUAAUUUUAGACUAAGAUUUUGUUCACCUACUGUAUCUAGACUAAAAAACAAAGCGUCUAUCGAUUAAAAAUGAUUAAAACCCCGUCAAUGCAAUACCUUCUUUCUUUCUUUCAACAUAUUUGCCACUCGUCGUAAAAAAAAGUUAUUUAAUGAAACUUAGUUGAUUGUAAUCACUGAGCAAGACUAAUUUAAAUAAGUUGGAAUAAAUGAUUAUUGCUAUCAUUAUACAUUAUGUUUAUUUGUGUUCUUUCGCUGUUGAAGUAUGCAGGCCCACUGACUGUAUUGUAUUAAAGAAGAAUACUUAAUGAUAUGUA